UAAUAGCACAUAAAUGAUUAUGACAUUUUUACUACAAAACAAAAACAUGAGAAGGCCUGAAAAAUGCACCCAUUUUGUUACAAUUACUUUUUUGAUUUGCCAUAUACUGUAAUUAUUUUUCUCGGAAAACAGUCAUAGCUAUGAAUCAUUCAAUCAUCAGGCUGUGCAAAAAGUGAGGCAUGCUGUGUUUUUAUAGCUGCGGCGGGGUUUAAUUAUUUUGCCCACCCAGUAGGUCCUCUUUUACCCUCUCCUUGAUAUCGUCUGGUGCACUGGUGCAAAGACAUUGUCCUUUAGGCUGAAAAGGCAUGGGUCCAGUGGAGCAGACUAUCGCCAAUAGGAAGCUGUCCUGUAUGCCCACCAUGAAGUGCUUCCCAUUUUGACAAUUAAAGAAGUCCAACGUAAUUUAGUGGUUAUUUAAAAGUCCACUAACCCAGUGAGGCGAUGGACUGGACUGUAGCGUCCUGGUGUGGCGACUGUUCAGCAAGUGAACACAGGGAAGGGCUGCGUGGAGCUGCACCUUCUCUCCCUGAGUCAGAGCAGUGGCUUGGGAAAAUGCAUUGUUAGUCUCUGGGGAGGAUCCUGUCUCUCAUUUAAAACUGUAUAAAAACAUAUCCCAAGAUUUGUUUUGCAAAGUCAGAGCUGUGAGAAGUCUUUUCCUGAGGGAACGGUCUGAGCCUGCGUUGCAUCCUCGUCUCGAUUUGCAUUAGGCUUUUUUCUCUCCAUAAAAAUUGGCAUAAUUUUCCACGGAUUGGAGAACAAGCUCGGCUAUAUGAUGCAAAAGCUUAGACGUCAUUGACAACCUAUACUACACUAUAGUGGCUCCGGGAGCAGCCGAGCGCGGCCGACAUUUCUCGAAGGUGUCUAUGGACAGUGUUUGGGACAUUGCUCUGUCAGAGAGGAGCCGCCGCGGACGGCCAGCGAGCUGACGGAUGUCGCUGUCUUACCGGGAACCCUAACACUGAGAGAGUCACAACUGCCAGCAGCCCAGUGCCAGCAUCUGAGCAAAGGAUUUACCUGACGCUCCUCACGGUGCAUUUACCGACCUUCCUACCGAAUCAGCUCGGGGAAUUAGAGCGAGUGUUGCAGAACUGGGGGAGACUCUCCUAAACUGUCUUAUCUGGACACCGCUCUGCUCUUCUUGUCUGUAGUCUCUAGAAUAUUUUACGAAAUGCAAACGUCAAGGAAACCCUAGAAAAUGGUGUCACUCUAUGACUGUAUGAGGUCAUAGCCGAUCAACAGCAGUGUUGGGAUCAGAGGAGAGUAUACCAACAUUCACACAAUGGAACUUAGAUUCAGACGACUGUCCCCUCUCACCAGCGGAGUUCUUCAUUUCCUGCUGCUGUCCAGACUGGUGCUGCCUUCUCACACAGAGAGCAUACCCAGCUUCAUAAAAUCCCCUGACGAUCAGACAGGCAUUUCAGGAGGAGUGGCGUCGUUCGUAUGCCAGGCAGUGGGUGAGCCCAAACCUCGCAUCACCUGGAUGAAGAAGGGGAAGAAAGUCAGCUCUCAGCGCUUUGAGGUGAUUGAGUUUGAUGAUGGCUCUGGCUCGGUGCUGCGUAUUCAGCCUCUGAGGACACACCGCGAUGAAGCCAUUUAUGAAUGCACAGCCACCAACAGCGUGGGAGAGAUCAACACCAGUGCCAAGCUUACUGUCUUAGAGGAGGACCAGAUCCCUCAUGGCUUUCCCACAAUUGACAUGGGGCCCCAGCUGAAGGUUGUGGAGAAAACGCGCACUGCUACAAUGCUGUGUGCAGCCAGCGGUAACCCCGACCCAGAGAUCUAUUGGUUCAAAGACUUCCUGCCUGUGGACAUCAGCAGCAGUAAUGGGCGCAUAAAGCAGCUGCGUUCAGGAGCACUUCAGAUUGAGAACAGCGAGGAGUCGGACCAGGGCAAGUACGAGUGCGUGGCAGUCAACAGCGCCGGGACUCGCUACUCAGCUCCGGCUAACCUUUAUGUUCGAGUUCGCCGUGUGCCUCCACGUUUCUCCAUCCCCCCCACCAAUCACGAGGUGAUGCCCGGCGGCAGCAUCAACCUGACCUGCGUGGCAGUCGGUGCUCCCAUGCCUUAUGUCCGAUGGAUGAGAGGUGCAGUGGAGCUGACUCGAGAGGAAGAGAUGCCUAUUGGACGCAAUGUCCUAGAGCUCACUAACAUCCGCCAGUCUGCCAACUACACCUGUGUGGCCAUGUCCUCCCUGGGUAUGAUCGAGACCACAGCCCAGAUCACUGUCAAAGCCCUGCCUAAACCGCCCACCUCACUCAUUGUGACAGAAACCACAGCAACCAGCGUCACCCUGACCUGGGACUCUGGCAACCCAGAGCCAGUAUCCUACUAUGUGAUCCAGUAUUGUGCCAAACUGUCUGACACCGGCUUCCAGGAAGUAGAUGGAGUAGCCACCACCCGAUACAGCAUUGGCGGCCUCAGCCCCUUUUCUGAAUAUGAGUUUCGUGUCAUGGCCGUGAACAACGUCGGCCGAGGGCCUCCCAGUGGUAUUGUGGAGACACGUACAAGUGAGCAAGCACCUUCAUCACCUCCUCUUCAUGUCCAGGCACGCAUGCUGAGCUCCAGCACCAUGCUGGUACAGUGGGAACCCCCAGAUGAGCCCAAUGGCCAAAUCCGGGGCUAUCGAGUCUACUACAGCUCCGACCCUGACGCCCCACUGAGCACCUGGCAGAAACACAACACAGAUGACAGCCAGCUCACCACUGUCUCUGGCUUGACCACAGAUAUCACCUACAGUCUGAGAGUGCUGGGCUUCACCUCUGUGGGAGAUGGGCCGCCUUCUGAUGUUCUGCAAAUCAAGACCCAGCAGGGAGUUCCAGCUCAACCAUCUGACUUUGAGGCAGAGGCUGAGCUGGAUUCACGCAUUAUGCUGUCGUGGCUUUGGCCUGUCCAGGAUCCCAUCAUUAGCUUUGAACUGCUCUACUGGGAGUCCAACAAUCCCACAGACAAGCAUCGUGUCACUUUUGGCCCAGCAGGCUUGUAUGCUGUCGAGGGUUUAAGGCCAGAUACACUCUACAUGUUUUCCCUGGCAGCACAAUCUCAGAUGGGUUUAGGAGUCUUUACGCAGCCUAUUGAGGCCAGGACUGCCCAGUCCACCCCAUCAGCCCCUCCCCAGGAGGUACGCGUGCUCAGCCUCAGCUCUACCAGCAUCAAGGUGAGUUGGCUGGCACCACCUACAGACAGCCGCCACGGGGAGAUAGUGUGCUACUCCCUUGCCUACCAAGCCCUCACAGGGGAGGACAUGCAGCGCCACCAAGUGUCAGGGAUUGGUGCUGAUGUCACCAGCUAUGUGCUGGAGGACCUGGAGAAGUGGAUGGAGUAUUUGGUGUGGGUGUGGGCUCACACUGAUGUAGGGCCUGGCCCAGAGAGCCCUGCAGCCCGCAUCAGGACCAAGGAAGAUGUGCCUGGAGCUCCUCCCAGGAAGGUGGAGGCAGAUGCCCUCAACUCCACUGCCCUCCGGGUGACUUGGAAGCCUCCCCUGUCUGUGAAGCAGCAUGGCCAGAUCAGAGGCUACCAGCUGGUCUACUCCAGGCUAGAGAAUCACGGCCAGCCAGUCAUCAUGGACAUUUCCCUUCCUGAAGCCCAGGAGGCCAUUGUAACAGGUCUACUCCCAGAGACUACCUACUCUGUGACUGUGGCUGCCUAUACCACCAAAGGAGAUGGAGCUCGCAGUAAGGCCAAGCUGGUCACCACCACAGGAGCAGUGCCUGGCAAGCCCACUAUGAUGAUCAGCACCACCAUAGGAAACACAGCUCUGAUUCAAUGGCAGCCUCCUAAGGAGAUAGUAGGGGAGCAUGUGGGAUACCAGCUGCAGUACAAGAGAGCAGAGGAUGAAGCUUUUACCAUCAAAGACUUCAGAAAGACAGACGAUCAUUUCACAGUCACCGGCCUUCAUAAAGGUGCUACCUACAUAUUCAAACUGUGCGCCAAAAACCGAGCAGGUAACGGAGAGGAAUAUGUGAAGGAGAUCAGCACCCCUGAAGACAUUCCUGGCAGCUACCCCCAGAAUCUGAGUGUGGUAGGCUUGACUGCCACCUCCACCAAGCUGGCCUGGGAUCCCCCUCCUAUGGCUGAGAGGAAUGGGAAGAUUGUCAAGUACAUGGUGGUGUACCGUGAUAUCAAUAGCCAGCACAACAACACCAACAGUACCACAAAAACAGAGAUGACCAUCCAAGGUUUGCAGCCUGACACAACCUAUGACAUCAGAAUCCAGGCUUUCACCAGUAAGGGGGGAGGGCCUAUUAGCCCCAGCAUUCAGAGCAGGACCAUGUCAACCUCCAUGCCAGUGUUCACCAAAAACUUCGGUGUGAAGGCGGUGAUGAAAACAUCUGUCCUGCUGACCUGGGAAGUGCCAGAAACCUAUAAAUCUCAAGUGCCUCUCAAGAUCCUGUACAACCAGCAGAGUGUGGAGGUUCAAGGCAACCUGAAGAGGAAAUUGAUCACACAACUGCAGCCAGAUACUGAUUAUUCCUUUGUGCUGAUGAGCCGGGGGAACAGCGCUGGUGGUCUCCAGCAGCAAGUUUCCAUCCGAACAGCUCCAGACCUGCUGAAGAUGAAACCGACUCGACACCAACACGAUGUGGAGGACGGUGGUAAAGUGACCAUCAGUCUGCCCAGUGUCCCUGCUGGAGCCCUUGUCAGGUGGUACUACAUAGUGGUUGUCCCUGUCACUCCAGCUUCUCCGAGGAUCUGGGAGAACCCUGAAGACAUGGACAUACAUGAGCUUCUGGAGGCUGGUGCUGAUAGCAGUCCACAGAGAAAGAGGAGACAGAGCCAGGACUUCCUACAGCCCUAUAUCGCUGCCAAGCUAGAUGAUCUGCCCGACAUCUUUACUCUGGGUGAUGAGAAGAAAUACAAGGGUUACUACAACAAACCCCUCCCAGGCCAGCAGCAAUAUCGCUGCUUUGUCCUCGCUGACCUGACGGACCACGAGGCUCAGAGAACAUUUGCAGCCAGUCCGUUCUCCGAGCCCUUCAUGGUGAAGCUCCACAAUGGGAUGACCCGACAAACUGAGGAACCAGAGAUGCUGUGGGUGAUGGGUCCAGUCCUGGCUGUCAUUGUCAUCAUCAUCAUAGUUAUUGCAAUCCUGCUUUUUAAGAGCAAACAAGAAAGGAAGCGAACAUCUCCUGCCAAGGAUGAGCACAUGGCAGGGGUCAAGGACUCACUGCUGGCCCACUCCUCAGAUCCUGUGGAAUUGAGGAGACUCAACUAUCAGACACAAGGGAUGAGGGAACAUCCUCCCAUUGCUGUCUGUGACCUGGCAGACCACAUAGAGAGACUCAAGGCCAAUGACAAUCUGCGCUUCUCUCAGGAAUAUGAGUCUAUUGAUCCAGGACAGCAGUUCACCUGGGAGCACUCCAACCUGGAGGUUAACAAGCCAAAGAACCGUUAUGCAAAUGUUAUCGCCUACGACCACUCCAGGGUCAUCCUCACACCUGUGGAUGGAGUUCCAGGUAGCGACUACAUCAACAGCAACUAUAUUGAUGGCUACAGGAAGCAGAAUGCUUACAUCGCUACACAGGGGCCUCUGCCAGAGACGCUAAGUGACUUCUGGAGAAUGGUGUGGGAGCAGAGAACCUGCACCAUCGUAAUGAUGACUCGUCUAGAAGAGAAGUCACGGGUGAAGUGUGACCAGUAUUGGCCCAUUCGAGGCACAGAAACAUACGGGAUGAUUCAGGUGACCGUGCUGGACACUCUGGAGCUUGCUACAUACAGCGUACGCACAUUUGCUCUCUAUAAGAAUGGCUCAAAUGAGAAGAGAGAGGUUCGACAGUUCCAGUUUAUGGCCUGGCCUGACCACGGAGUGCCUGAGUACCCCACCCCAACACUGGCCUUUCUACGCAGAGUCAGGACCUGUAACCCUUCAGAUGCUGGUCCCAUGGUGGUCCACUGCAGUGCUGGUGUGGGCCGGACAGGCUGCUUCAUUGUGAUUGAAGCCAUGUUGGAGAGGAUGAAACAUGAGAAGUCCGUGGACAUUUACGGUCAUGUGACGUGUAUGCGAGCUCAAAGAAACUACAUGGUGCAGACAGAGGAUCAAUAUAUAUUCAUCCAUGAGGCCCUGCUAGAAGCCGCAACAUGUGGCAACACAGAAGUCCCUGCCCGCAACCUGUAUGCCCACAUCCAGAAACUCAGCCAGAUCCCUCCUGGAGAGACUGUCACUGCCAUGGAACUGGAGUUUAAGAAACUGGCCAGCUCUAAAGCACAUACGUCAAAGUUCAUCAGUGCCAACCUGCCAUGUAACAAAUUCAAGAACCGCCUGGUGAACAUCAUGCCUUUUGAGUCCACCCGGGUCAGCCUGCAGCCAAUCAGAGGUGUGGAGGGCUCCGACUACAUCAAUGCCAGCUUCAUUGAUGGAUACAGGCAGCAGAAAGCGUACAUGGCCACCCAGGGCCCAUUAGCUGAGACCACAGAGGACUUCUGGAGAAUGCUGUGGGAACACAGCUCCACCAUUGUUGUCAUGCUCACCAAACUCCGCGAGAUGGGACGGGAGAAGUGCCACCAGUACUGGCCCGCUGAGCGCUCUGCACGCUACCAGUACUUUGUUGUGGACCCCAUGGCUGAGUACAACAUGCCUCAGUACAUCCUGAGAGAGUUCAAAGUCACAGACGCCAGGGAUGGUCAGUCAAGGACUAUCAGGCAGUUUCAGUUCACUGACUGGCCAGAGCAAGGAGUGCCAAAAACUGGAGAGGGUUUCAUCGACUUUAUCGGCCAAGUCCAUAAAACUAAGGAGCAAUUUGGACAAGAUGGACCAAUCACUGUGCACUGCAGUGCUGGUGUUGGGCGGACUGGUGUAUUCAUCACCCUGAGCAUCGUCUUGGAGAGGAUGAGGUAUGAGGGAGUGGUUGACCUCUUCCAGACCAUCAAGAACCUCCGAACCCAGAGGCCAGCCAUGGUGCAGACUGAGGACCAGUACCAACUGUGUUACCGGGCUGCUCUGGAGUACCUUGGAAGCUUUGAUCACUAUGCAACAUAACCCCACCUAGGAAGACACCGUCAAAAGAAUCUGGUGUUCCUCUGAGCCAUAUCCACUCAGUUGAAUCAGUCCCUGUGGCCUGAGGAGAUAUGAGGAGCACUGAUGAGGAGGUGACCAUAGCAGGAAAUGGGGGGAAUAGAAAAAAGACGAGAGGAGACAGGAUGACCUCCUUCUGGAUGGGUGCCAUGAUUCUGCCACAGAUCCAACACCAAAAGUUCCCAAAACCACCUCUAAAAGACUUGUAGUCAUGUCUCAUUCUGAUUCUUGACUGAAUACUCCUUCCACUCCCAUGUUUCUGCCUCCUCCUAAUAGCAAAAACUAUUUUUCUGCUAUUUUCAUUUAUAUUUGUCACUACUAUGUUGUUAUGACUAUUUAGAAUUUGUUUUAUAAUCACUCACACUGGUUAUUAUAUUUCUUGAUGUGUCUUUUUUAUUUGUUUAUUAUCUUUAUAUUAUUUGUAUUAGCACAAAGGACGUAUUUCCAACAUGCUCUGAGUUAUUAAUACUGGAGAGCGUAUACUCACAGCUGCUAAUAAUUUUAUUUUGUACCGUAGAUAUGAUAUUCUAAUGUUAUCAUUACUCACUUGGUCUUAUUUAGGUAAAAUUGUGGAUUUUGAUUUCUUGUCCUGACAUCCAACAGAAUGAUGAUGAUGAUUUCUACUAAACAGUUUGUGAAAUAGUAUGAAAUAAACCUAUGGCUAUAAAUGUGCACAGACUAUUCACAUCUGAACAUCUGAUAGAUUGUACAGAGCUUCUCGUCUGUAACUGUUGAUUGAUUUUCCUCACAGCCUUAAGAGAUCUGGACACCACCAACAAAAGCUGUUGGAAAGGUUGUAUGCACCAUAAUUCUGCAGCCCCUUUAGCAUGCACUCAGGUAGACUAAACACGACAACCUGUUCUUGAAAAUAUUUUGCAAAACGGGAGAUGAUGUGAAAUGCAGAUCAUACAUUCCAUGCCUAAAAAAGAAAAGAAAUCCAUGAUGACACUGAGAAACACAGUACUCCAAUUUAUGACAAGGUGGUUCUACUGAGAGCAUUAGACCAAGUUUAAGUGCUGAACUUAAAUCAAAUUGUUUAGUUGCUUAACCUUGAAAGAUAAGGCUAGCUUUAUUGUUUAUCAUGUUUUAUUUAUGUCGGCAAAUCAUAGCAGGUUGAGACUCUAGUACUUGACAAAUGUUCACAGUACUGAAUGAACAUUUUAACCGGUGCAAUGGUGUGGCUCAUUGAUGUGUUUUGUUUUUCUUUUGAAUGACAUUAGUACAUAAGAAGUUUAAAUGUCCUGUCCCUGUUUUUGUUACAACAGCAAAUGACUCCCUAAAUCCAAACCCAGUUCGCUGAUGUUUUUACAUCCAACAGACUUCACAGCUUAAUUUUAAAGCAUUAACAGUCAGGCUUAGAACAAAUUCAUGAAUUCAGAGUCCAGUUUAACAAAAUCACAAUAAACAUAUUUUCUCACUUACUCUUAACAGAUAUUGUUUCAGGUUAUGGUUUUGGGUAUCACUUAAAGUUAGCCUAUCUUAAAUUGUCAUGUCCAACUCUAACAAAUAAUCUGGUAUUUCAUGUUUUUACUCAUUUCACAAAAUUUCUGGAAAUUGCAUUGAUGCAAAAAUAGCCUAGUUGUGUUCAAGCUAACUAAGUAUGGACGGUGCACCAUUACAUCAUGGACCAUAUAUACUGCACACAACAUGACUCUGGCAUCAUACAGGGACGUGAGUUACUGAUCUCCACAUAAUAAUGACAUCUACACUUAUUGCUUGCACCUUUCAGUUUGCAUACAUGGUUUUUCAUAGACAGGACACACGUGCAGAUAUCCUGGAUCCCCAUUCAUGAUAUAUUACAGCACAAGAUUUUUAUCACUGUGUUUCAAACAGACAGACUUGUAACUCGGAGCAGCAUCGAUGUUCACUGGUGGAUGUCUGUGGUUUUUAUUGGAUCGACUGAUGUGGAUUUGGAUGAAGUGGGCCAUAAAAAGGAUGCAUUUCAUACACUUAUGGGCUCCAUCUGUUCUAUACAUUCUCUGUUUUCUAUUUGUUCCUAAAAGGCAGAGAAAAAUGUCUUGAAAACCUUGAUGUUAAUAAA